GUCGCAUCCAGCUGUGGGGUCACGCUAUCGCUGUGGACUGGGCGGAGCCUGAGGUGGAGGUUGACGAGGAUACCAUGGCAACCGUCAAGAUCCUGUACGUGAGGAACCUGAUGCUGCAGACCACCGAGGAGACCAUCGAGAAGGAGUUCAACAGCCUCAAAGCAGGGGCGGUGGAACGGGUGAAGAAGAUCCGAGACUACGCCUUUGUCCAUUUCACCCAGAGGGAGGACGCCAUCAACGCCAUGAACGGCCUCAAUGGAAAGGUUCUGGACGGUUCUCCCAUUGAGGUGACGCUGGCCAAACCGGUGGACAAAGACAGCUAUGUCCGCUACACCAGGGGGACGGGGGGGCGGGGGGGGGCGCUGCUGCAGGCCGACUACCCCACCUACACCCUGGGACAGGUGUACGACCCAUCGGCGGCGUACCUGGGCGCCCCUGUCUUCUACGCCCCCCAGGCCUACGCUGCCAUUCCGGGGCAGUUCCGCUUCCCGGCAGCCAAAGCUCACGUCGGGGGGCGUGGCCUGAUCAGGACGCCGUCUGUCAGAGAAGUUUACAUGACUGUACCUGUAGGGGCUGCGGGGGUGCGGGGGCUGGGAGGGCGGGGCUACCUGGCCUACAACGCCGGGGGCGGAGCCUUGGGCAGAGGGGGCGGAGCCGGUGCCUCUUACAGUCUGAAGGCAGAUAAACAGGAGGCAGAGAAACUGUACGACCUGCUGCCGGGGAUGGAGCUGACCCCCAUGACCCCUGGACCAAUGAGCAUGAAGGGGGCGGGGCUGAAGCCGGCCACGCAGGUUCUGGAGGAGCUGUGUCAGAAGAACUCCUGGGGUCCUCCUGUGUACCAGCUCCACUCUGCCAUUGGACCGGACCAGCGCCAGCUCUUCCUCUAUAAGGUCACCAUUCCAGCUCUGGCCAAUCAGUACCCCAACGUACAUCCUUUCACCCCUGCAAAGCUAUGCAUUGCCGUAGACGAGGCCAAAGUGCACGCGGCUGAGCACACGCUGCAGACGCUGGGCGUGCAGACGGAGGGCGGAGCUGAGGCAGGCGUGGGCGUGGCCACAGUGGCGUCGGUGGCCUUCCCAGGUUACGCUCUGGCCAACCCAGCGGCGGCGGCAGCGGUGGCCUCUCAGCUGAAGGCGGCGGCGUCUCUGGGUCAGGACCUGAACGCCUACGCCGCCUACGACGGAUACCCCGCCUUCGCUGUGGCGACACGCCACAGCGACGGAUACGGCGUCUUCUAG